GAGAGUAGAGUUUAUCCUCAAAAUCAUUGCCCAAUUCAAAGGGAGCGUCAUAUUCACAAAUAAUAAUAACCCCAAAAACUGGAAUAAGUUGAAAAUUGAGACCAGUGGAAGGGAAGAUGAAAAAGGUGGGAAUUUAUUUAUUCCGGAAUAUGCCCUCGGUUGUCCCUCUAAUUUUCUAGACAAUUCCAUGUGGUACAUCCGCAAAUAAUCCACCAAAUCUAGUGCCUUUCGGUAAUAUGCAUUCUCCCCUUCUCUCUCUAGCAGCGGGCCUGUUCGGGGCUUGUGCCUCCGAGGCGCUCCAUUGACUCAGAUCUAAGUUCUAACGGCGAGGGUGAAAAGACGAUUGCAAUUGGAAUUAGUUUCAGUUUGAAUCAUAUCAUGGAUCGUACUUGAUGAAGAUGGUCCAGUCACCAACUCUGCCGGGCGGACGGACGGAAAGAAUACGGCGCUUAGGUUGUCUCCCUAUGUUAUCCACACGUUUGUCAGAUUCCCAGAUCUGGUCUUCUUGUUCCGCAUUCUGUUCGUGAAAUUCGCAUUCGCCAGACGGAAAGCUAGGCAUGUAUUUGUCUUCCUCGUACGUGUUAUGUGUUUUGGCUUUUGUGGAGCGUCGUAGUUGAGAGGAGGUUCAAGUUUUUGCGGUGUUGGAUCGAUAGGAGGUUUCCGAAGAUGGAUUUAGAUGAGUUUCGGAUGAUCCUGUUGAAUUCGAGGGCGAACGUGUGGGACUUCAUCGACGCCGCGAUUUCUGUUGCUUCGGUGGACUACGGCCACGAGUUGAAGGAUCGGAGGGACCAAAUCGUCGAGCGGCUGUACGCGAGCUCUGCCUUGCGGUGCCGCAACUGCGACGAUGAUCGCCAGAGGCCGACGAAGAACAAGGCUCCGAUCGAGAAAGAGGACAGUUACGAGCGCCGAAAGGAAGGUUCGCCUUCGACUCCACAUUCGAUUCAUGGAGACGAUGACGAAGAAGACGGAGGAGGAGGAGGAGGAGUAGAUGAAGAGGAGCUAGAUCCUUACGGUGGUUUGUUCGACGAUGAAGAGACGAAAAUUCUGAGAAUCAAAGAACAACUUGAAGAUCCGGACCAGACCGAAGAUGCUCUGGUGGAAUUGCUUCAGAGCCUUGCAGAUAUGGACAUAACAUUCAAAGCUCUCAAGGAAACCGACAUUGGGAGGCAUGUGAAUCGUUUACGGAAGCAUCCAUCAAAUGAUGUGCGGAGAUUGGUUAAACAACUCGUCAGAAAAUGGAAAGAUUUGGUUGAUGAAUGGGUCAAAUUCAAUACACCCAAUGAACUGGCAUCUUCUAAUCUCAUUGCCGACGGGGACUCCCCGCUGCAGAACGUGCCGACAACAAAGAAUGCCCAGAACGGCCAUCACCAGGUUGCUGAUUUCGCCUACUCUCCAAAUCCACACAAUGGCAGCUCUGGUUCAGACAAGAACAAUUCUGAACCGGAGGUUAAAGCGAAUUCAGUUCACCAAAGAGAUGCUCCGGCAAAGCUGUCCAAAUUCACUCCCCCAGCUCCUUCUGCCCCCCCUCCCAAGAGACAGCAGAAGGAAUCAAUCAUAGAUCUGGAGAGGCUGGCUUCGGCGAGAAAGCGUCUUCAGGAGAACUAUCAAGAAGCGCAGAAUGCGAAAAAGCAACGAACAAUUCAGGUGAUGGAUAUUCAUGAGAUACCAAAACCGAGGAAUGCCUUCUUUGGCAAGAAUAAAGGGGGCCCCAUGGGAAGGCACCGGUGAUUGGUCAUCUUGCAGCUGCCACGAAAUGGCACAGUAAAGACAGGGUUUCCACAAUCCGGUCCACCCUGUUACAAAUUUUCCUCCCUUCUGUCAUCUCUGGUUUGAUUUUGUUUGGUUGCCUGUGAAAUUAAACAAGUUAUUUGAAACCAACAACUUGAGCUCUCAUUUCGUGCAUCCAAGCCAUGAAUAUGGGUUGUGUAAUGGCUGAAGAAAAUGAGUCUCUGCAGAAAUUAUUAUCUGAAUACGAGGUAAAUGCGAUCAGGAUAUUAUAAAUUAAACACUUCAGAUAAUGUAUUGUUGGAUUAUCUGAUUUGUUUAAUCCUUGUAGCUUUAUUACAUGUAUUCUUUUAGCCAGUAAAAUAAAUGUUCUAUAGGGAGAGGAGAACAAGAGUGUGGGGAACAGGGUACAACUUCGACAGAAAAAAAAAAAAAAAAAACUCUAGAAUGGGGCUUGGCAGUAAAGUCUGUAGGGUUGGUUUAUCUGUUUUUUCAGUUUAUGGACAUAAAUAUUCAUUAUUGUCUUAAUGAUGGUUCGAGGUUUAGAAUAUAUGAAGUCAAUUUUAUUUGGUGGGAUUUA